AUGCGCGAAAAUCUGUAUUUCUCUAGCAAGGCAAAGGUCCAGAAUCGUCUAAAUCGGCAGACAAACCGACCAGACUUUUGGACAUAUAUCCUUAGACACAAUGAUGAGAAAGGAAUGUCCGUGAAUGAGAUGGAAGCCAACGCGGAGCUUUUGAUUGCUGCUGGUAGUGAAACCACUGCCUCGCUGUUGUCUGGAUGGGUAUAUCAUCUUUUGACUAAUCCAUCUGUCUACAAAAGACUUGCAGACGAGAUACGAGGCAGUUUUCAGAAUGAUGAGAGCAUAGAUAUUUCCUCAAUUGGUAAACUCUCAUACCUACAUGCGGUGCUUGAGGAAAGCCUUCGAAUGUACCCACCAGUGCCAGCUAUGUUUCCAAGGAAGGUUCCAAAAGGAGGUGCCUUCAUCAACGGACAAUUUGUCCACGAGGGAACCUCUGUAGCGGUGGCAUUUUAUUCGGCAUUUCGGGCGACCACAAACUUUACAGAGCCUGAUUCAUUCCUCCCAGAGCGAUGGCUGCAAGAGAGCAACAAUUCUAAUCAGCGAUUUGCAUCAGAUAUUAAAGAGGUUUUACAGCCAUUCUCCUACGGUCCUCGAAACUGCCUGGGAAAGAAUCUUGCGAAUGCUGAAAUGCGCCUCAUUGCUACGAAACUCCUUUGGAAUUUCGACAUGAGUCUCGAGGAUGGCUCUGAUAAUUGGGAAGCUCAGAAGUCAUAUAAUGUCUGGCAGAAGAAACCAUUAAUGGUGAAAUUGACUCCUGUGCAGCAUUGA